AUGAGACAUGGACGCGUUGGAAACGGCCAUACAGACUAUCCAGCGAUCGCUGUAUGGGGCGGUCGCAGUGUGUUGGACAUCGCAGAGGAUCCAGCGCACACGUUCCAAGAGUUAGAGCAGGCUGUGCGAAAAGAAGCCAACGCCCACCGCGAGCGGGACAAGACACUCUCAUUAUCGAAAGCCGCAAGGAAUGGCAAUUUGAGCGCGGUGAGACGCCUUGUCGAAGCAGGUGCAGAGAUUCAUAUCAACGACGAUGGUGAUUACGAGACUCGUUCGGCAAUCCGAGUGGCGGCCCGAUAUCAACAAAGCGACGUGAUCCAGUAUAUUCUCGAGGUCGAGCGUGAUCGAACCGAGUGUCAGGCGUACCUACAAGAAGCUCUUGAACAGAUGAUCAACGAGUUCCGGUACGUGGAAGCAGAUCGCCUGGCCCGGAAUAAGAUAUCCAUCGAGAGGGCCAUCAUCAACAAUACCAAAGCCCUAAGCCAAGCUUGCCGGAGUGACAAUCUGAGUCUGUUGAAAGUUCUGAUCGCCCACGGUGCGAGGAUUGAAGAUCAGGAGAUAUUUGCUCAACACCGAACACCAUUGGAGGCUGCUGCUAAAUACGGUCAUGUAGACACAGUGGCAUACCUGCUAUCUAAAGGUGUCACUGCUCGGCCUGUUUCUGCCAAGAACAAACAAGCAGCUCUAAGAUAUGCUCACGCAAACGGUCAUAUUCAAGUCGCCGAUUUGUUAAUACAAGCGGGUGCCGAUCUUAAAGACCCAAGUAUUCAUUGUUCGCUGAGGUCUGCGGCUGCUCAAGGCCAUAUGGAUGCCUUGGAACGUCUUCUGGACAUUGGAGUAAGCAUGGGUUCUGCGUAUGGAGCAUUGCAAGAGGCAGCAGGCAACGGCCAUAUCGAUGCAGUCCACAGGCUACUGCAAUCAGGGGUCCAUGUCAAUGCACAAUACGAAGGGUUCACAGCACUCCAAAGAGCGGUUGCGGGACAUCAUUCUAGCAUCGUUCAAUUAUUACUAGAAGUAGGCGCCAAUACGAGCGUGCUAUCUCGCGAAGGAAGCACGGUAGAAGAUUGCGCUGAUAUAGAUGGAAAAGCCGAGUUGACCCAGUCUGUCAACGCUAAUUCUAUUUUGCGAUUUUCCGAGAGCCGUGCAGGCGUUGAGAAGGGCAUAUGCCUUGACUGUCACUCAUUAGUUACGGAGCUCUACACGGACGAGUUUACGUCACGCGUUUUCGAUCCUGACAGCUACCAUGGAUUCGACCCAAUGAGUCUUGAUAUCCUUGAUCUUGAUACAUUGCCCCACCCUACCGAAUUCGUACAUCUUUCGACACAGUUCCUGCAGGAAUGGGACAAACAAGUACUAGAAGCCUCAACACUUACCACAAAUAUACAAUUUCGAUUGCAAGACCUCGACGCACACGAAAUCCCCAAAACACUCCAGGAGGCCAUCCAGACGGCGCACAACCUCAAUGUAGACUAUAUCUGGAUCGACUGUCUGUGCAUCGUCCAAGACAGUCCCGACGACUGGGCCGCUGAAGCUGCUCUGAUGAACAAAGUUUACCGAAACUCGUACUGCACGAUCGCGGCCAACCGUUCACAUCCCGGUAGCCUCUUCUCGGUAUACAAUGUCGACGGUGACUACGCUGAAUUUGAGUUGCCAUUAAAGAACGCAAAAGCUGCCAAAGUGCGAGUUUUCAAGAAGCUGACAAGGUGGGACUCUUUGAUCCGCACAGGGCAACUAGCAAGGAGGGGUUGGUGCUUCCAGGAGCGAGAGCUUUCGCCACGUAUACUGCACUGGACAGAUGAGCAAGUUCUUUGGGAGUGCCGCAACAGUUCUUUGUCUGAAGCUGGCGCUCUUCGAACGCAAGACUACUAUGACCGUGACAUCAAGAUGUAUCAGCGCAUGCAGAGGAUCUUGGACGGUAUAGAACACAAGAGUGUCGAAGAAAUAUACGAAUCAUGGUACACCACAGUCGCGGAUUACGCGGCCAGAGAUCUCACGAAGCGAGGAGAUACUUUGCCAGCCAUUGGAGGCCUCGCUCGUGUUCUGAACGAGCGUCUGAGGACGCAAUAUUUAGCCGGUCUUUGGUAUGAAGACAUCUCUAGAAGCCUGGCUUGGCGAUGUCAUCGUGGGACCCGCCACGACACAUGUACCGCACCUAGUUGGUCAUGGGCUUCAGUAGGUAGGCAUGGCGGCUACGGUAAUCACUACCAGAGUUACCACUUCCGUGAUGGAAAAACUACGGCAUGCACAGUUGGAGAAGGGCUCUCGAGUAUCCAUGGCCACAACAUCCGACUGGCGACUGCAGACCCUUACGGAAACGUUAUUUCGGGCCAACUACUUGUCUCUGGUCCGGCAAUUUGGGCCACACUGGAAAGGAAAGCAUACAACGAUACUGAAAUCGUUCUGAGGGGUCUUGAUUCAGUUACUUCACAUCGUACUAACGAAGUAACCGAACAUUGCAAGGGACAUGCAUAUGAAAGAUCCAGACACAGACCCUCACGGAAUUAUCGCGGUGUGCUCGAAAUUGAUGUUGAAAGUGAUGCACAUCUGUACUGCAGCGUCAUCUGCAUCGCGCUCUUUUACUACGACGAUGAGAAGCCUCAAAGGAGAGAGGCGGUGGGAUUGGGCUUGGUGCCUGUGGAGGGAGAAAGCAACACCUAUCGGAGGAUCGGCCGUGUGUCAGACAUGUCACUGGACGACCUGAUGAUUGCACCAGUCCAUAAUCUGAUCAUCAUUUAG